CCAAUGACAGCUGGCUUUAUUUAUGCGCUGUCACUUCUCUUAAAUGCCUCCAUAGCAACGCCUUGCUGUCAAUUUCACUGACACAUACCACAUCCCCGUUUUCCACCACAUUUAUAACAAAAGCUACAUUUUUUUGUUUAAAAGUACAUUUUCUAUGUUAAAAUGUCUUCAUCGGAGUCAGAAUCCAAAGAUGUCACCGAAGAUAGCGACGAGGGACAAAUAUAUCAAUUGAUUUAUGACAUGAUCACCAGAGAUGACAAGGAGGAGGUUCAAAUCCCAUCCAGCUCCGAGAACACACCGCUGCAUCUGAAAACUGAUGCUGAAUGGAGCGCACACGCAUUCGCGGUGUGCUCUGACACACCUUUUAGUGACGGCUCAGAGGACGAAACGACACACAACCCCACCCACACAAGACAAAAGGACCAGGAACACUUUAAAGUCCCUGGCGAUAGUGAGUGGUUUGUUUCAGACAGCUCGAAUCCUGUCAAAUGUUUUACAGUUGGUAAUACAAAGGGACUAGACACGGAUGCAUUGGACAAUAUCCCAGGAAUCCCAGUACCAAAGGCUUCAGAGGAGAAGCCAUGGAGGAAAGCUGGUGCUAACAUCUCCGAUUACUUUAACUUUGGUUUCGAUGAAGAGAGCUGGAACACCUACUCUACAAGACAGUCGAAAGUCCGUAAAGCUAAUAGAAAACUAUACACUAAAAUCUUGGCCCAGAAGGAAAAAGAGUCUUCUUCUCCUGCUCCUCCUUCCUCAGGAAGCCCCUCUAUACUGGCUUCCAGACAGCCAAGUGCUACCAAUAAUGCGAAUAAAGGACGAAGGGGAUCCAUAGUAGAAAGGAGCCGACGUCUCAGUGAUGGAGAAAAGCAUUCUCAGGUGACUACUGAGAUGUCCCCCGAGGAGGAUAGAUUUACUUCUUAUCCGUCCUCUCCAUCGAACUUCAAUUCUCUAUUUGCAUACAUUCCUCCACCACCUUUCCUUUUCCGAUCAGGACCCCUGUCUGCCUCCCCGUUUGCUGCUUUGGAUGGUGCAUACUCCAAAGGCUUUGAUGACCCCUCAACUUCAGGGCACCCAUGUUCAUCAGGUGUAUCAUCGUUAAUCCCAAGGAGUAUGUCCUCCAAAGCUGGAGGGAUUGACACUGCCGAGGCCUGGGAAUGCUACAAACGGCAGGAAAAGCGUGACAAGGACAGAGACGGAUCCAGAGAGCACGGCCGUGAUAAAGACACUACUAGAGGCAGAAAUAGGGACAGGGAGAGCUGUUCCUCUUCACACAGUGCGGAGGAGCGAACGAGGAACAGGGACACUACGGAGCGAGGGCACAGACGCCACAGUUUGAGGGAAAAGGAAGAACGGCACGGAGAGAGGAGGCACACAGACGACAGCGAAGGAUGGCAGAAAUCAUCGCGCAGCAGCAGCAGCAGCAGCAGCAGGAGGCCCAGUGGUGAGGACAGAGACAGUCAGAGUAGACACAAACACAAGAAGGACAAAAGAAAUAGGAAGGACAAGGAGACCAAGAAGAUGUCCUCUGAUGACCAAGGGAGGAAAUUAAAACGUGACUGACUUUCAGUCUCGCAAUCUUUUUUUAAUAAGAUGAACUGCCCCGUGGCAUCUUACUGCACGUUUCAUCAGAAAAUGUUUUUUUUUCAGAGAAGCUAAUAGAAGAUAAUUUGACGUAUACU